AUGUCGGCCUUCGAGAGCCUGCUGUACAAAGUGCCAGCAGUGCUGGCCGCCAUGCCGGAGGCGUCGCAGUACGACGUGGCGGCGACGUCGUGGAGCGCGCUGCUCAGCGCGCUGCAGUACUCACCGAUCGUGCUGGAGGUGGGCCGCGGGGCAGGAGGGGUGCUGGAGGGCAUUGCGAAGCGCAUUGAGCGCGGAGCAUCGUCGCCGAUGGCAGCGGGCACGUUGCGCGUGCGGCUCGACGCUGAGCAGCGUCAGCUUGCGGUGGGCGUACCAGCGGACGAGGCUGGCGUGCUGUCGGCGGUGUUGUCGAGGUGUGCGUCGGUGCUGGCGCCGUUCGAGCUGGAUUCAGAGCUGGAUUCCAGCUCAUCAGAUGAUGCGUGGGCGCUGGAGCCGAUCGCGCUGGAUGCUGCGUGGGCGCUGGAUGCGGUCGUGCGGGCGUCGGAGGAGCGCGGCACGCCGCUGCGGCUGCGGGUCGUAGACGGAUGCCGUGGGUACGUCAAUCAAGAGAACAAGGUGGAGAGGCUUGACGCAGUGCUGCAGCGACCGGCCGUGCAGCGGCACCUGCACGAGCUGAGGUGGUUCGACUGGAACAGGGACGACAACCCGUUCGGCGCCAAUGCGCGCUGGGUGUGGGCGCUGGGCAACCUCCAGGUGCUGCACGUGGACACUGGGGCAACCCAUUCGCUGCGCACUGGGGCAGCCGAUGCGCUGCGCAGUGGGGUGCUGGCUCUGGCGGCUGCGAUCCGGGACCGUACAUGCAAACUUCGGGAGCUGAAGGUGUCGGUCGGCGACCGGUUCCUCCUGGAGGACCUGUGCGACGCACUCGGACGCAACAGGACACUAGAGUCUCUCUCGCUGGACGGCUUCUCGCCCACUGGAGUGAUUGACCCCGACUCCAUCUACGCCUACCACGGCGACACAGAUGACAGCGCAAGCGACUCCGGCGACGCCCCAGCUAUCGAAGAGCACCCACUGCAAACUCUGCUGAGAACAACCACGACGCUGCGCAAACUCCACCUCCGCGACUGGCACAACACAAGCAGCUUGUACAACUUCUCCGAGGAUGAGCAGAUUGAGCUGAAAGACGGCUACAGGGAAUUGUUCUCGGCACUUGGCGCGGGGCUUGCAUGCAACACGUCGCUCCAGGAACUCAAGCUCGGGCUCUCGCACUGGGACGACAUUCUUCUAUACGACGAUCCCAGCUGCAUUCGGGGUCUCUUCGACGGGCUGUCGCAGAACACGUCGCUGCGGGUGCUGGACAUUUUGCCCCCAAUUGAAGGGGCGUAUACUCAUAAUCACGAGUUUCCGCCAGACAUGCUCGGUGAGCUAGCAAGGGCACUGAAAACGUGCGGGUUGGAGCAGGUGCGCAUGCAGGUGAACUACCAUGACGGCACGUUUGGGGUUGUUGCUGACAUGCUCGCGUCGACGUCAUGCAUACAAGAGCUGCACCUGUCCUGGAGCGGAGGCGGCCCAGUGCCUGGUGCUGAAAUGAACGACGAUGGAUCCCACAAGCUCGCACGCGCCAUCCGCGAGGGGGCGCUUGGGCGGACUCUGCGUAUGCUGAAGUUGUCCCAUAGUGACGACUUUCCCGGGGAGUCGCUUUUCGAAGCACUGAGUGGGAGCACGACGCUGCAGAGCUUGGAGAUCGACGUACCCGGUGGCGCAGGAGCCCUGACAGUGCAUCUUGGCAGGCUGCUGGAGAGGAGCCAGUCGCUUCGGCGACUCCGUGUCUGGCGUGCCUGCUCGAGUCUUGAGCCACGAAGUGCGGAUUUGAUUGCUGCGGGGUUGUUAAAGAACACGGUCUUGGAGCACCUUGAGCUGCACGACAUCUACACGGAGGGGUGGGCAAUCCCAUUAGCUCAUGCACUGGGGCCGGAGUCGGCACUGCGAUGUCUGCGCAUCGUAGAGCCUUAUCGUGCUUUGGCUCGCUCGGGCCCGUCGAGGACAGAAGCGACGCCACAACAGAAAGAGGAGGCCAUCGGCAUCGCGACCGCCUUCGCUGGAGCGUUCGACCGCGGCGCAGCGCUGCGACUCCUUGACGUGGGCUCGGUGGCUGCGUUCACCGCCGACGCCGGCAAGAUACUGCUCGCGGCAGCAUCGCGGAGGACGAGCCCGGAGGUCUGCGAGAUCCGCGUCAGCAUGAACGCACAAGAAGGGCAGGCGCUGGCGGCGUGGUGCAAGACAGAGGUGGACGCGAGGCGGGUGCGCUUCAAGCCUCGCCUGUCGUCCGGCGCGACUGCAUGA